AUGACCACGUUCGCUCCCCUCCCUGGAACAUACUUGACAAUCCGCCUCAAUCCAGUGACCAUGGUGGAGCACUUGGAGGAUUCUGUGGCCCUAGAUGCUGCACGUCAGAUGUCAGUCGGGACGUACAUUGCAUACGUCGAACAUGUAUACGAUUUUCCUUGGCCCGAUAGGCCGACGCACAAAUGCCGCAUAAACUUCGUUGGGCAAGGGCUACCGAAGCGUUUGAAAGAUGAAUUCAUGGAACCUUCAAUGCGUGCGACGCUUAAACGCGAUGCUGGGGUAUCUGGCGUUGAUCCAGACACUAUCAGACUAUGGGAUCGCCCUGACGGUCAACCUAGGCGCAAGAACUCCCUCGACGAAAUUAUAGAACAGAUGCCGGAUUCAGACAAUGAUGGAACGUCUGAUGGAGGCUCAGAAGGCAGGAACUUAGAUACCCACUCAGAGCCGUCGAUGAUAGGAUCGGAUGACGAGUCCGGAAGCCAGGAAUCCGCCGUAGACAUUACAGGAAUCGUAUUGGGUGACAAAUGCGAUGAGGAUCCCGACCUUGUCCCUCUUGUGGAGGUGUCGCUGGAGAUCUCGAAGGUAGAGCGCGUCCUCGACCCCAUUGGCUUUCUCGAAGAACAGGAGGCAAUCAUCGUUACUGAGGAUGGUCUUGAUAGGAUCAUCAAGGAAUCUCGUGCAAGGAAUCCUGCGCUCUUUGCUCAGUCUCUCGCCAAUAGUGAGCAGCAAUUUGGCGGUGGUGCUUGGACGAGCGAAGCUGGCGCUGGGCAUAGUAAAGAGUUUUCCGCAUCUACUGGUGUUCUUGCGUUGAGGAGUGAGGAAUCGCGAGUCAUCAGCCCCGGCAUCAAGUCAACAAACCAGGACUCCAGUCCAAGAUCUUUCGAAUUGCCACCCAAAUGGCACACUUGUGCAACUGGGGUUCCAAGACCAUGGUGGCUCUGCAUGCAUCUGCCUACCGAGGGUUCAGCCGGAAAUCCUACGCUUCCGAGUCUUGCGAGCGUUUGCACGAAGCGCGAGGGCUUCUAUCUUGCUGGCUCGAGAGUAGCUGAGGCGCUUACUCAGACCCCGCUUCUGAGCAUGAUCCUCAUCGCCGCUCUCAUUGCAUUGCAGCCAAGAUGGCCCUUCAAGCUCGCAGCGUCCGCGACAUACGCGUACUCCAUUGCGCUGUUGUCUGUUUGCACUGCUGGGAUCAUCUCCAUCGACUACUGUCUCGGUUGCCUCUUUGUGGGGCAAUUCCUGAUCGCGUUCCAGCUGCUGUGGUUACACGAUCCUUUGACAGAGUUCAAGCAUGAAAGGGAUACUGUCCCGCCGGCGGAGCUGCCAUUCUGGCGCCGAACGUACUGGGUGCUAUGCAUCUUCAUUGGUCCUCGUGGCAUAGGAUGGGCUCACCAGGCAAGUAUCCCCUACGUCCCACCUCGUCCUUAUGUGUCGCGCGAUGUGUUCACGCGGCGGCAGCUGCUCAAAGCACUGAGGUGGUACCUGUUCAUAGACAUCGCGAGAGCAUAUCAACUCGCACAUGAGCUCUUCACUCGCCCUGUCACGGACCUCUUUGACGUGGCGUCCCGCGGUUACCUGCAGCGAUGUGCAAAUGUCGCCGCGUUGCUGGGGCCAUGGCUUGGCACUCUCGCCAUGGAUUACUAUCUCUUCUCUGCGGCACACGUGAACUUAGGCUGGUCUGCUCCCGGAGACUGGCCAGACGUUUACGGGAACUGGGCUGAUGCGUACACAGUGCGGCGAUUCUGGGGACGCACCUACCAUCAAUACUUUCGCCGCCACACCGCGUUUGUGGGGAAGGGAUGUUGCCGCCUGCUGCGGCUGCAACCAGGUUCCUGGGCGUCUUCGUACACGCAGCUGUACGUCGGCUUCGCGACGUCCGGCUUUAUGCACUGCGUGGGUGACUUCAUAGUUGAUCGAGCGCUGUUUGGGAUGUCCUUCCCGUUCUUCCUCGCGCAAGCGGUUGCCAUCUCGCUGGAGGAUGCGGCCAUCGGCGUGGCGCGGCGGACGGGCCUGCAGUCCUUGUUCCCAGCUUAUCUAUGGCGCAUGCUGGGGUACGCAUGGGUGGUCGUGUGGUUCAGUGUGUCGGCACCAUGGUUCAUCGUCACGUCGAUUCGUGUAGGGGUGCUGUUUCCCUCCAGUGCUCGUGGCAGGGUGGCCAUUGAAGUAUUUGGUAGAACGCGUGACACGAUAAGGCGAAGGCGACACACCAAGGUAGGCAGAAACAACUGGAGGGCGAAGCUGCGAGUGACAUCGUGUGACCAAUGCGUCCUCAGCCGCUAUGAUCAGUGUUCUGGCUUGCUUCCCGCAGAGUUGAUUUCCAACGCUGAUCAUGCGUCGAGGAGCGUCCCAUCUUUGGCGGCCGAUGCGAUACAUACGAUGUACAGCGACGUGCUGUGUCCGGCUAUUCGCAGACGCACAAGUUUCGUCUUGCGAGGCGCGCGGGCACGGGAUGAACACCGAGCGAAAUUAUUGGUUGCACGUAAGGCAAAGAGUUGCCUUAUGAUCACUGACUUGCGACCUCUCGACACAUGUCACCGUGCAAAAACAACAAUUGUGGGCAAUGUAUCCACCAAGGCCGAUAAGGGUCCAGGCCUGGCUGGGCGGUUGUGUAACUGCCAGGCGUUCCUGAUUCAUGAGAAAUGGAACCGGGGAAACGAGGAAAGGGACUUGCUCUCGCCUCCUGGCAGGCACCCGGCGCUGUCGUCUCAUGUCGCUUUUGUGUUGCUCUUAGCAGCGGAUUCAGACACACAGCACUCUCUGCCAGUAUCUACGUCCCAGCAGCCAACCAUCGCGCGGCCGCCAGUGGGAUGCACAUUUGGCGCCAUCCCGCUCCCCCUCGUUAUCCUCGUCAUCGUCACGGUCGAGCAGCCCUACGCCGACACUCACAAGUGGAUCAGCAACGCUGCCUUUAAGUUCAGCCUCCCCGUCACCACCAUGCCGCCCAUCUCUACAGGAACAGUACAUGCUCAGUCUUACGAGGAAGCAGAAAACGGCGCGACGCACGCGAUGGACUAUUCUUCUAGGAUCUGGGAUGAGCUCCUUGAUUGGAGGCCACAUGAUGACAUACACGCCCCGCAUCUCAGACGCGCGCCAGAGCCAGUACCUCAAGGAUUCAGCGUAGAGCCUACGUCGACCGUGAUUUCCUUUCCUGGGCAGUCGACGCAGUCUGGCUCUUCUACUUUCGUUUCGUCCCCUGCUUCUGCGUCUGCUUCCGCAUCGUCAACGCCCUCCACGAUCUCUGCCAGCUCUACGAUCCCUACGAUACCCGCCACGCCACCAGUACUACCGACACCAUUUCCUCAGCCGUUCUCAAGCUUGGGGUCGAGCAAUUUUGCCACUGAAAGCUGUUAUAUAUUCUUCCAGAACAUGUCUGACACGGAUCCAUUCCGCACAUGCCGGCCUUUCUCUUUAUUGGUGCAAAGUUCCGCAGACUUCAUUAAUUCUAUGUCCGUCGCGUCGUGGUUCCUGUCUGCAGGGUCGACGACUGACCAUCCCUUCUUUGCGCGUGCGGGGCUGACCCCCACUAAGCAGGCUCAGUCGAAUAUUACGCUCCUUAAUACGCUCGUCUGGGGAACGUGCAACACCGACCCAAGCGUGGACCAGUGCGUCGCAAACAUGGGCUGGUUCGCGCAGCAGCUUCAAAGCGCAUGUACGACGGAGAUAAGCCAGACCAACGAGCUCGUAACGAGCACACUCAUAGGCCUGGAGGCCUAUAGCCUCAUGCGCAGCGCAGGGUGCCUGCCAGACACCGCGACGAACGCAUACUGCUACGUGGAGUCGGUCGAGAGCUCGCAUCCCGACGACAUGUUUUACUACCAGCUCCCGCUGGGGACCGCGCUGCCGAACAACACGCUGCCGAGCUGCUCGUCGUGCACGCAGAGCCUGAUGGCACAGUACGUCGAGGAAGGGCUCAACACGACAGGGCUGCGCGAGACAUACGCGGACGCGGCGCUCAUCACGAACAAGGUGUGCGGGAACGGGUUUGUGUCGGAGACGGUCACAGAGAAAACCGGGGGCGCGUUGCGCGCGCGGACAGGCACCUGGGCGGCGGUAGCAGCUGUCGUGCUGGCUAUUGCCCAUGUCUCGUGUUGA